AAAAUUGUGGAAUGUAUCUAUGAUCUACAGAGAAUGGGUUAGAUGGGGCAGCUUAGAGAGCGCACAUAUUCUGAACCUAGAAAAUGGAUGCGUAGGGGGUGUGUCACAAUGCAAUUUGGUUGUUACAAUUAUGCAGUGGUUUUACAACUUUGAAGACAAGAACAGAAACUCUCCAGCUGUGGAUACAUACAAUGGAAGGAGACUGCAUCCCUCCUCACAUCGACCACAGGACUUUGAUCGACCAGCUUUUUGCUUCUGGACUCAGUGCAAUAUACUUUUUGGUUCAAAUUUGAAGAUUAUCAGUACUAGUCUUGAAGGAAUUAAGCCAAUAGUCAUAUCUCCCUUGAAAAAGUUCCCAUCUACAUGGAACCAGAGCCAGAGGCCUGUGUUAUGUAGUCUUCAUUUCUCAAAUCCAGAGUCCAACAUAUUCCGCAUCAAAAUGCUAAACGUGGCAAGGACAAACCCCAAGACCGCGGGGACAACAAACAACAGCGAGUCUCUAGCAGCUUCUUUCUCAGUAUGCCAGAUGAUUUUCCUAACAUCAGAUUUCUGGUGCAUAAUGAAGUAAACAAGAGCAAGAUCAAGGCAAUAAAGUUUAUCAGUUGUUUGCUAAUAGAGAAUGAUGUUUUGUGGUUCACUUAUUAUUAUAGUCCUUGGAUAAUUGAGACUUCUGAGAUCUUAAUUAAUAAUUAUUCAAAGUCGUA